UAGGCCGAAAUAAAUGUAGGCCUACCGUGUUUUGAGAAAAGCUUUGUUUUGCUAUGUCGCAUAAAGAUCCCCGUAGUAGUUAUCUUCGAUUGUACAAACCUGCACAAUAUAUGUAGUGUAGUACUGCAGAGCCCAGAAGGUACUGGUAAGACUCGUCGAUACGCAUAGGGUUUCUGGAUCUGUUCGGAAACUUUUUCUAUCACUGUCAUAGGCCUGCAUUUCAAUCAAGUAAAGACUUUGUGAGUGUUCUGUGGACUAGGAACUGUAUCCAGUCAAGAUGGAUUCCUCUUUGCUGAACCAGCACCUGACCGUUGACUCCUCCCACUCGUAUGUCUUGCCCCGCCUCUGCAAGGCACAGAAGGCCUCCAAUAUGGCCCUGAACGAGCAGAUCCGCCAGAUGAUUGCCGAGGGCAAGUCCAUUUACCAUUUUGGCUUUGGCCAGUCACCGUUCCCCGUCGUGGAAGGCGCUCGCCGAGUUCUUGCGGAGCGCGCUGGGGAAAAUGCAUAUCUCCCUGUCGCAGGCCUGCUCGAACUCCGCGUCCAAAUCUGCAAUUUCCACGCCCAGCUGGACGGUCUGGGUCACCUAGACCCAAACAUGGUCAUCGUCGGACCAGGAACCAAGCAGGUCAUUUACCUCCUGAUUCAAGUCUUUCGAUGGUGCAUCUAUAUUUAUCUUUGUGUGCCAUUUGAGGUAUCCUUAACAGCAAGGGAUUCUGUGCUGAUCCUGUCUCCAAGCUGGAUCACCUACAAGCCCAUGACGGUGUUGGCUGGCAAAGAGUCCCUGGAAGUGGUCUCUGGCAUGGAGGAUGGCUGGAAGCUCACUCCAAGGAUACUGGAAAAAACAAUUUUGGAGAGUGGGGCCUCCAAGAACCAUUUGUUGAUCUUCUGCAAUCCUGAUAAUCCAACUGGUAUCAGCUACUCUGAAGCCGAGCUGAUGGCGUUGAGUGGUGUCCUUCGCAAGUACAAUGUGGUCGUUCUGAGCGAUGAGAUAUACGGACACACACAAUACCAGGGAGAUUUUCUGAGUCUGGCAAAGUAUUAUCCGGAAGGCACCAUCAUUUCCAGCGGCCUCUCCAAGUGUUUCAGUGCGGGAGGUUGGCGGUGCGGCUACAGCAUUUACCCUAAGGAACUGGUGGCGCUAUACAAGACGGUGUGCAGCGCGUCCAGUCACACCCACUCGUGUGCUGCGGCGCCCGUUCAACACGCUGCCAUCCAUAACGUGAUCCAGCUCUCUGGGCUGAGAAAUUCCUGGAGGUGUGCCAGCCGUUGCCCCGAAUGCUUUCUAAAAGAGAUAAGUCAGAAGCCGGCAGUGUUUCAGAACUGUGGAGUGGUUGUUUCACUUCUCGUGUUAGUUUCCAGAGUGAAUGGGUUAAGCGAAAAAUAUAUAUCGUGUCUGAUUUUUGUGGCUCCAUUGUAUUUUCAGCUUUUCAAGCUGGGCGAUGAGACAAAAGAGUACCUGAAGGGAUGCAGAUGCAUCAUGGGAGCCCUGGCCAAAUUUUGUCACAGAGAGUUGACCAGAUGCGGCGUCCAAGCUAUCCUUCCCGUUGCUGGCUACUACAUUUUCCCUGACUUUGAGAUCCUGCGUCCUGUACUCGAGGCUCGAGGUAUACUGACCUGCGAGCAAAUGUGCGAGGCACUCUUCAAAGAAGCCGAUGUGGUAGUGAUGGCUGGAGGGCCCGGCUUCAUGCGACCCCUGACGGAGUUCACCGUGCGGCUCUGCUUCGUCAACUUCGAUGGAGGGGUCGCCCUGGAUGGGUGGAGGCGCCAAGGUUGCAAGGAGACACUGGAUCAGGAGUUCUUGGAUGAGUUCUGCAGCCCAGUGGUCCUGGGGAUCAAGGCCAUCGUGUCCUGGGUGGAAAAACAGCAGGCUGCUUUGUAGUUGCACUGCACCGGUUUCCGAGUUCCGCAGGGAAAAAAGACGGCUCUCAUCUGUGAGUGUUUUUUCAAGUCUGGUGCUGACAUUACCUCGAGCCACCUCUGUGCUGGCCUUCUCUCGUGUGUACAUGUACCGUCUCCAAGAAUGUGUUUCUUCUCUGAAUGUUGAAUAAUAAUAAUGACGAUAACGAUUGUAAUGUUUAUACAGCACUUUCCCUGGAUCCAGUGAUCUCAAAGUACUUUACAAUUUGUAACAUUUCCUUGAUUUGAGCACCCUUAAACCCACAACGACCAAAUUGCAGUUCAGUUUGACAAGUGAAAGCGGCGACCAUGUAAGAAAUGUUCAAUUACUUGUAUGGCAAAUGAUAAAACAUUGAAGAGGUAUGCGACGGUAGUUGUGAAAUGAUUAAUUUCUAUUUGCAUAGGUAUACAAAACAAAAUAAUCGAGGUAAAACUAAUGUAACAUCUGUGACUGUGUAUGUGAUAUAUAUUUAUAUAGUCGCCAGGUCCCUAAUUUUGCCACCUAUUAUCAGGUGUCAUUGGUUUUUACAGUAAGUGACAGAAUAAGAGACCUGGCGACUACACCAUUGUGGACAUUAUGUUUAGAUGUUUUUUCUGCAUUAUUUAGAGAGAUGUUCAGCAACUAGAAAGUUGUUCUGUGUAUUUACUAACAAAACAAAAGAGAUAUACCCCGAUGGUUUCCCUGUACAAGCAUGUUACUCAACAGUAGUACAGUCACACCUGUGACUGUUGCAUGGGUGGGUUUUUUAAAGUGUUCAAGCGAUCGAUUUUUCUCACACUUGCUGUACAAUGUUACACUCCUUUGCCGUGUACGAAAACGAUUUGACAUCCAAUUAUAUUGAAAAGUUACAUUUUAUAAAACUGCCCACAUCCACCCUUGGAAUACAGCCGCACUGGUCAUCGGUGUUGAUUUUUGUGAAGGGGAACUGGUGAAAAAAGCCUGUAGUGAGACAGGAGAGAACCAGUGCUGUGUUUAGAGAGAGUUGCGACAUGGGUGUCUCAAUUAUUGGAACCAAAAUGGUGGAUUAUGCAUCAGUGCAUGUGAGCAAUAGAUGGUAUCUGCAAGAGACCUAAUUUCAGUCGUAUUCCUGAACGCAUAGUAUACGAUAUAGAUAUUUGAAACCCUUAAUGGGAUGGUACCAGGUGAUUUGGGGGGAUUGGAAUGAAAUCGUAGAACAGAGUCUGGUUCUUCAAAUUUAAAGUUUUCAAAUGAAUAUACUAUGUCAGGGAAUCUGUCUGAAAUUUGGCCCCUGUGUGUAUAUACGGUCUAUCAGCACGCAGGAGCUGCAUGCUGUACUGCACAAAUAAAUGAACAGCCAUGUUGGUUCCAAAGUCUCAAGUUGGCGCUAGUCUCUCUCUACAUGUACAGUAAACAGCUCUGGAGAGAACCCACUGCUCCACUCACAUUUGGCCGGGCAGGGAAUCGAAUCCAGGACCACUGUAAUGAGAAGGGAAUACUGGUUUGUACACUGUCCACCCAUAGUUUCUGCAGUGACCACUCAGGCGAGUUUUGUUUAAAACUUGGGUUUAGCAUUCCCACUGGCUUUAUUGGAGGCCACCUGGUGAUGAGUUUUUGAGGGCUGUCUGCAUACAUGUAUCUGUAUAGUUCUGUGCUCCAAGUAUUUACCUGACAUAUUUUAGCAGUGGGGUAUCAAGGUCUUACAUGUAGGUGGGGAGGGGGCAAAAUGGAAUUUCCUUUCUGCAAAAAAAAAAAAUUUUGUGGAAGAAAAUCCUCACCUUUCUACCUUUCAAGUUAGUACGUGUUGUACCAUUUCUGAAAUAUUGGCACUUUCAAUCCCUCUAGAAUCCCUUAACAGAAUAUUU